CGCGCAGGAGGUCCGUAGAGCAACAAGCGUGCAGCGUGUUUACAGUUCCGCCGUGCGGAGGAAGAUGCCCUGGUGCAGACAGCAGGCCGCAGACGAGCUGGUCCGGGAGUUUCUGCGCUCAGGGUCCUCCGCCAGGUCGGAAUAAGAUGAUAAAAAACUGGGGCGUGAUCGGUGGGAUAGCCGCAGCCAUGGCCGCAGGGGUGUACGUCCUUUGGGGCCCAAUCACAGACAGGAAGAAGAAGCGGAGAGGUAUGGUGCCCGGGCUCCUGAACCUGGGCAACACUUGCUUCAUGAACUCGCUGCUGCAGGGCCUGGCCGCCUGCCCGUCCUUCAUCAGAUGGCUGGAAGACUUUAGCCAGAGCAGCGUCAGUCUAGCCAGGCCAGAGAUGGACACUCGGCUGUCUAGAACCCUGCUGCAGCUGCUUAAAGCUCUGUCCAGCCACGAGCCUGUGGAGGACGAUGUGCUGGACGCUGGAUGCCUGUUAGAAGCUCUUCGUUUGCACAGAUGGCACAUUAGCUCCUUUGAGGAACAGGACGCUCAUGAACUAUUUCACGUCCUCACCUCCUCUCUGGAGGAGGAGCGUGACCGGCGACCCAAAGUCACUCACCUGUUUGACAUGGAAACGCUGGAGAAGUCUGUGGAGUCCAGUGAAGAAACAAUAAGCUGCAGGAGUCGAGGACCGCUGCACCCUAUCCCCAGCCUCUGGAGGACUCAGCAUCCUUUCCAUGGACGCCUAACCAGCUACAUGGCCUGUAAACGCUGUGAGCGGCAGAGUCCAGUGCGUUACGAUUCGUUCGACAGCCUCUCUCUGUCCAUUCCUGCCGUUCAGUGGGGUCGGCCGGUCACUCUGGAUCAGUGUCUUCAGCAUUUCAUCUCUUCUGAAACCAUUAAGGAGGUGGAGUGUGAAAACUGCACCAAGACGCAGGCCGGCGAGGUGGUGAAUGGACAGGUCGUUGAGAGCCAGAGGACGACGUUCGUUAAGCAGCUUAAGCUCGGAAAGCUUCCACAGUGUCUGUGCAUCCACCUGCAGAGGCUGACGUGGUCCACUGAGGGCACUCCGAUAAAGAGACAGGAGCAUGUUCAGUUCUCUGAGUAUCUGAGUAUGGACCGUUAUAAACACUGCAGUGCAGCUCAGAGGCUCCAGAAGCCCAGCAGAGCCAAUAAACCCAGCAGCAGCGACGCGCCAGGAGACACGCAUGACCAGGCCAUCGCCAACGGCGUCGACCCAGAGCACCACAACAACAACAAACCUCUCACAAACGGAGCCUUCUCAUCUGUCUUCAUCCGUUCUCCUGGACUCGGUCCUCAGCUCAACCUCACGUAUGACUACAGCUCGUCGGAGUACCUGUUCCGGUUGACCGCUGUGCUGGUGCACCAUGGAGACAUGCACUCGGGCCACUUCAUCACGUACCGCCGCGGAUCGCCCUCCCCCCGCAGCCCCUCCCCCUUCAGUCCCCAGUGGCUGUGGGUGUCGGACGACGCGGUGCGCAAAGCCAGCCUGCAGGAGGCGCUCUCCUCCAGCGCGUACCUGCUGUUCUACGAGCGCGUGCGGGGCCGACCCGGCCUGCUCGCAGAGGAGUAGCUGCAGACCUGCCGAUUGGCCGCCUUUACUGCGCGUGCUGCCCGGAAUAGUCGUACCAAAACGAGGCGCUGCCCUGUGGGCUGCGAUCUGUCAAGGAGCUGAUUUAAAAACUGUUUCUGAAGGAAGAAAUGAGGCCUCAUGCUGCAGCUUGUGUUUUUUUUUCGGAUAGAAAUAGGGAGAUUAAUAGGGAGACCUUGUGCACCAAAUGAGCACCAACUCGGAGCUCCUCCUCAGUGUUCACAGUGCAGAGACCUUGGUCUGCUUUCAUGGUGUUUACCCAGCCACCUCCUUUUGUUACGUAGGACCCCAGAAUUUCCUCAAGUUUGUGGGCUUGGUGAAGCGCAUCAGAGCAGAAAGACAGCUGAACAAGGGAAAUUCCACCGAUUUUUCAAAAUUUCUGCAUAAUCAAGUGAUUGAGAUGUGAAGUCGUUCAGAGCGGUUUGGUGUGAAAUGGUCUUUGCAGUGGUGGUGAUAGGAACCAGGGGUCGCCAUGACUACAACACAAACAUAGCCAUUUUAUUCACUAUCCAAAACCACCAGUGUAAUGUUGAUGAAGGUAAAAUAGAAAUAAGUUUGAGGACUAUUUUACCUCAUAACACCUUACAUGUAUCCCUCCACCAUGAAUGGAAUUAAAAAAUAUGUUUUAGACCAAAGUUGUCACAGUGUCUUAGAAAUCAUGCAGCAUCUUUAUAACCAUCUCAUGUAAUAACUUUCUGUGAGGGAGCUUUAAGAGGUGCACAUUUGGUUCCUAUCACCACCACUGUGAACAAGCCUGACUUUACAUCUUAACCAAUUAAUUAUGCUGAAAUUUUGGGAAAAUCGGUGGAAUUCCCCAUCAAAUGUUAAGUCGAUUUAGUAGAUGUUCAUUUUGCUGCAAUAUUUUUUUUAAAAAAACAGCCCACGAUUUCUAGCUGCUAAUGAAUUGUGUGCGUUAGCAUGCAGUAGUAAUGUUAAACGACGACAAACCAGCCUGCUUUGGUGAUGUUGGUACUCAGUGUUGGUGGAAUGACUUCGGACAUCAGUCUUUCAAGGACCAUCCUGAUCUGGACCAGUAGCCUUGGGAUAUUUUAGAGUUAACCACUGUUCAUUUCCCUGUACAGCUGUCUAUCAAACCGUGUCAUGAUCAUUUAGCAGAGCUGCGAAGGAUGAUCGUUCCUUUCCUUUGAGGCAGUAGCGAAUAACAAGUGGACUUUUCUCUUUGUCUGAGAGUGCGAGUGAGUGAGUGAGUGCAUGUGGGAACCUACUUUUGCACAUAUACUGUGUGGAGUUCUUAAAGUGUUUGACUUCCCCCACCCCGUGCCAACUUCUAGUCUGGAAACAACUUUAAAGGGGAAUUCCACUAUUUUUUCCCAAAUUUUUGGUGUAAUUCAGUGUUUGAGUGUAAACAACAUCAUUUCAGAGUGGUUUUGAUGUGAAAUGGUUCACUGUCAACUUUACCGACUCAGAACCGGGGUCGCGAUGGGCCGAUCAGCGACACCUUUCUCCAGUAACCUGUUUCAGCAAGUAAUGCCACAAAGAAGCUGCUUAAAGCUGCACUAUGUAGCAUUUCUGAGUCAGACUAAAAACAGGUUAAAUAUGGUGUAUAAGUUGCCCUGUAAAACCUAAAAUAGUCAUUUAAAGUCGAGGCUUCUGGUCUGGAGUGUUUUUCACAACCCGUCGCAUGUCUUUGCAUGUUAACGGCACACGCACAGCCUCAAAAAGAAGGUCCGACUCGAUGUUUAGGUGUCAACGACACGUUUUUCACAGUUUUGACUGAGUUCUCUUUCACUCAUUGCAUUAAUCCGCUCAGCGCAGGGGUCCGAAGCACAGCCCGCAUUACACAGUGUUCUUCCACACGUUGCGUGCAAUUACACAUUUCCACCAGAGGGGUCUCCAAAUCCCAAAAGCUUACAUGGUGCAGCUUAAAAAUGGGACAAUUUGUGUUUCUUGGCAGCCUCUUUUACAGCCUCUUGUCAAAAUAAUAAAGUAGUUAAAGCUUACUUUGUUAAGUUAGCCUACAGGCUACUGUUGCUCUAGCCUACUGUUAUUAGACUGAGAUCUAAAAUUUUGACAGAACCAGUUUGAAGAACUGAGAACCAGCAAAGCCAACAAGGAAACAUGUUCUGAAAGCAUGGAAGCUGCAGCACGGCUUUAUCGUUUUAACAAACAUGACCAGCUUAGCAUUCGCAGUGCUGCCUCCCUCUGCUUUAGAACGUUUUAAAGCUGGACGAUGUAUCCCGAUACUGUCGUCAAUCAGCACGAGCCUAGAAACUACAUGUAAUGUUAAUGAUAGUAAAAUAGAUUGUAAAUCUGAAAAAGUAGGUUUUCUCUGAGGACUAUUUUGCCAUGUAACACACUGCUUGUAUCCCUCCACCAUGAAUGUAUUUUUAAACAUACGUACAGGUAAAACAAUGUCUGGGACAUCAGGUAACACAUUCAUAACCAUUUCAUGUAGUAACUUGCUGUGAGGGACCUUUUAGAGGUGGACGUCUGGUUCCCAUCACCACCACUGUGAACAAUUCUGACUAGGUUUGUCUAGAACGGAGCGUUUCACACCAAACCACUCUGAAUGACUCUGUUUACAUCUUAACCACUUAAUUAUGCAGAAAAUUAAAAAAAAUCUGAUGGAUUCCACUUUUAGUCCUCUUAGAGAAGCUGACUAGAUGAGAUAAUCCUAUGACUGUUGUGUGUAGUGGGCUGUUUGUCAAAGCCCUUCGGUCAGGGUUGUGUCGACUACUGCAGAACCAAAUAUUGUCUUCAGUAAGUGAUCUGUCCAGUAGUCGGCCCCGUUCAGGAGAAGCCCACUGCCAAGUGUGCCCAUGUGCAGUACUGUUUGAGGAGUAAAACAACAUUGUAUGAUAAUUGUACGUUAAGCCAUUUGCACUGAGAUCUAUUUUUAUGAUGACCUGUUGCCGUGUGUAUGAUUGUAAGAAUGGAUUUUGAAUGUUUUCUCACAUUUAAAUUAUGCUGAAUAAAUUUCUGCAACUGUAAAA